AUGUCUUACCAACAGCAGCAGUGCAAGCAGCCUUGCCAGCCUCCACCUGUGUGCCCACCCAAGAAGUGCCCUGAGCCUUGUCCUCCUCCAAAGUGCCCUGAGCCUUGUCCUCCUCCAAAGUGCCCUGAGCCUUGUCCUCCUCCAAAGUGCCCUGAGCCUUGUCCUCCUCCAAAAUGCCAAGAGCCUUGUCCUGAGCCAUGUCCUCCUCCCUCAUACCAGCAGAAAUGCCCUCCUGUGCAACCUCCUCCACCCUGCCAGCAGAAAUGCCCACCCAAGAGCAAGUAA